GAAAAAGCUAUAGUAACCGCAGAAAUUCAGGAGCAUCAAGAUGCGUGUACUAGGAGUGAUUGCACUCCUCGCUUUCCUGACCAUUUCCGCUGUGAUGGCGCAUCCAUCUGCGAACAGCAGCAGUGAACAAGGAUCAGGAUCCAAUAACCGAUCGACUAAUCGUCCUUUUCCCAGAUGGCCUAAGUGGGGUGGAAUCGGUCCAGUCAUUUUAAACACGCCCCCCACUCCAGGGAAAUGAACUACGGCCAGAAAAAGUAUCUAGAAAACCCGCAACGAACUUUUAUUGUAGUCCGAAAAAAAAUAUCUCCAAAAAUACACGCUUGUAAAACUUUCCAUUAAGACAAUUGUUCAAAUACCAAAGCGCAAAUAAAGAUUUUGUAGUAGAUUCUACGAAUCGGCAAAAA